AUGCUUCUUUCAGUCCUAAGUAAGGUGCUGACAAGAAUCAUCCUAGAGAGACUUAGCGAUGCCUUCGACAAAAAGCUAAGACAAGAACAAGCUGGUUUUCGCAAGGACAGGUCAUGUACUGACCACAUUACCAAGCUGCGCAUCAAUAUUGAACAGUCUCUUGAACAGUCCCCCUUAUACAUGACUUUUGUCGACUUCGAAAAUGCGUUUGACAGUAAACUAUAUGAAGAUUCCACUAGUCAGGUAAUACACAAGGGAAAACUAACAAAACCAUUGCCAAUGAUAUUCUUGAUGGUAAUCGACUGGAUCAUGCUGAAAACUACACACAACGUCACAGGAAUCCAGUGGAGUUUCACCAAAAGGCUGGAAGAUCUUGAUUUUUCCGGUGACAUGUGCCUACUAUCUCACAAGCAUCAACAUACGCUAGCCAAACUAAAUCGGCUAUCUGAAGAAGCCUCCAAAAUGGGCCUUCAACUCACUGCGCCUGAUGUGGAGUUCCAUGGCCCUGUCACUCCGGAGCAAAAUUGGGAUUUUCAACUCAAAUGUCAAGGCAGUGCUGCUCUAUGGCCUGGACACUUGGAGGGUUACGAAGACAAAUACUGA